UCAAGCGAUCAUCCAGCGGGUGGGCGCUGCCAAUACCAGCAGUCAUCAGAAUGACCGCAGCCGGUGCCAUGGCAUCCCCGCGCCUCGCGCGGCGGCACGGCGGCGCGGCCUCAUUCGGGCUGCUGGCUGCUGGGGCGGCGCUGGCGCUGCUUGCCGGCAGCCCACGCCAGAGCGUCGUCGAGCCGCUUGCAGCUUUCACCCUGGCUGGCAAGGCGGACGCGGCGGGCCUGCGGCUGUUCUCGGCGGAAGACGUGGGCGCCAGCCGGGUGGCGAUGCGGAACUCUGGCAGGCACCACCAUCGGGGAGGCUACCAGAAGGGAACGGGCUCGAGGACGAUGAAGCGUUUCAAGGAGCCGGACGAGGUCCUGAUCUACAACAAUGCACUGGCACGCCAGAAUCACAAGUACGAGGGCCUGAAGAAGAGGCACUUCCUGAGGAGGCUCCAGCACAAGCGCUGGGUGGCGCAGAGCACGUUGCCCCGCCGCUUCGGAUACGCCUUGAAGUGGCUCGACAACCUUGGCUGGGGUGUUAUCAUUGACCAGGAGAAGAAGCAGCAGUACAAGGUGUAUCGUGAGGAUAUCUCGGAAGAUGCGUGCCCCUUCAACCACAGGACGUUGCAAAGGG